AUAAGGGAAGUGCUGUAGCACAUGUAACCCAAUUGGAGCCAGGCAAAAGACGGGUUUGGGAGCAGUGAAUCUACCAGAAGAAAGUUUUCAGUGUGCAGUUUGAGUUUCAGUUCAAGUCACCUGACAGAGAGACUGGCCAGAAUGAAAGGUUUAAUUGCUUUGGCCGUGCUGUCCAUCUUGCUGCAAAUGUCUCAGGGAAGUCAUGAUGGACAGUUGGCAAAUGGUGGAGUCCUGACCAAGGGAAACUUGAAUGCGGAGAAACUACCCCUCCUCUUCCUGAAGCGUUUCUAUGAUGGUCUCUCCCAUGAUGGAUUUGUGGGAUUGAUGGGAAGGAGAAUGGCUGGUACAAAGGAAAGUCCUGUGGCUCGGAAACGGGACAUGAAUGAUUUCUUUGUUGGCCUGAUGGGAAGACGCAACAUGGAAUUUGAUACAUCAACUACUCUAAAUAAAGAUGUUCCAGAGACAAAAGGACCCAGUGCUUCCUCCAAGUGCAAGCUGAGGGCCUGCAGGUCCAUUUAACUGGUCAAAGGAAUUGGGACCAUUUGAAGAAAGUGAUGUCUCCAUCUACCAAAGUGCACACCUUUCCAAAUAAACCCUGAAAUUUGGUCUUUUUUAAAAAAAACUGAAUUAUAAUCGACAGUAGAUUUGCAUUUGUGUUCAUUUUUGUAUGUGGAUUCAUGGACACUAGUUUGAGGGGUUCAGUGACCAGUGAUAAACGCAAUUCUCAAGCUGCCUCGUUUGCGGCUCCAGUUUGUGUCCUGCGUUUUUCUCCAUCUCCGGUGUUGUCCGCUGCAAGUAAAUACUCCAGCAAUCCUUUUUCUUUAAGCCAUUGCUAAAAUUCGAAGAUAUUGUUGUUAUUAUCUCUCAUCCCUGUGCCUCUGCCACUCUGGAGAUCAGCAUUGCCUUGAUCUCUGCAAACACUGUCCCUGAUGUUACACCUAUAUAUGCUCUGUCGCUUGAACUGCUGCCAUCAACUUAUCCAGACAGUAACAAAUGCACAACAGCCCUUCCGACUUGAAGUAUUCUGCCUACGGAACGUUACCUUCCUCAUCCCAAUCAGCCUCGUGACUACUUUCUUUACCUGCAGGAUCUAAUUAGGCAUUUCGUUUCCCAGAAAACACAUCUGAGUUUCCACAACAUAAACACCUCUUGUUCAAGCUCCAUUUAUCCAUUUGAACAGUGCUGUUCCCCAACACACAAGCAUUUGCGUGACAUGGAAUUCCAAAGAGUUGUAUAAUUUUCCUUUCAUCCUAUUUAUAGCGAAUUACAUUUCAACAAUUCCUUUUCCCAUUCACUCCACACCAGCCUUCCAAUCUGGCAGCUAGUGACAAUUUGAGAGUCUCCCGAUGCUCUCAACAUAGGUGAGAAAGAAAAAAAUACAUUUUACUCAACAGGCCCAAAUUUCUGUAAAUUUAACCAAAUCUUGUGCUCUCAGUAAUCUAAGGUAGUGUGAUCAUUGAGUGAAAAUAGACCCUUUCUUGCCUCUGCAAGGAUUAAUAUCAGUCACGUCACAAACUUUCUUAACAGAGCAAGUACCAAACCAGUUCAUUCAUGGACAGUCAUUUACAGAAGCAAGCAGCAGCAGCCUAGAGGGGCUAAACAGGCAGUUAAGCUUCAUUGCUUGACUUUCCUUCCAGGAUAAGAUGGAUAAACACUCCAUCAGAUUGAAGCAUCUGCUUGAAUAUUACUGCUUUCGGUGCUCCUUCAAAUUCUCUAGCUGUUAUGUUUCCUCUGUACCCAUUUAAGAGGCAAAGCUGGAACUAAUCCAGGCAUCAAAAUUAUUGCAUUGUUAGACGCCUAAACUUUUAAACUGUCCUUGAGAAGUCUGUUUGUGAGACGGAGGCAUUUUACUCAAAAGAAACACUAGAUGCCUCCCCACUACACACACCCCUUCCCCCCAAAUACAUACCACAAACACAAUAAGGAUAUACUGAACACCUGUGGUGUUUAACACAUGCUGUCUAGGUUAGUGUUAUUCUGAUUGGAUUCUAUUGUAGCCUAGAGUGAUCUGUUCAUUGUUUCUAGUAUUUGGAUGUGUUAGGUGACUGGUAUCCUUGCUGCUGUUAGUAAUUAACUGUACUGUCUUAAGCUUUAUUCAAACAAAUUGUGCAGUUCUAAAAGAAUAAAGCCCAGCAUGUAGUUACAGAA